CACAUAUUUAGUACUUAUACAUACGUAGUGCAAAGAUGGCGUCGACGGUGUGUGUUUCGCGGUGCCGACUUUUAGCAAAAUUAGAAUUAAAUCGUGGUUUGUGUGUGUCGCCGAUAUUUAGGGAUUUUUCAAAUAACAGGGAGUCAUGGUGUCGGCGAUGGCGACCGGCUCGAAGAUCCUUUUUCACAAGCGUAUGCGCUCACGGAUCCAAAACGCCUUCAAAAGUUGAUCACGAGAAAUCUGACGAUGUGACGGUGACGUACCGGCGCGGGCUGCCCGUGAUCACGGUCCCGCUGCCGUCGCGCCGCGAGCGAUGCCGCUUCACGCUGCGGCCGGUCUCGCAGACCGUCGGCGACCUUCUCGAACAGGUUAAAGCAGAAGACCGCGGUGUGGAGCGGGCCACGGCGCUGGCGGCGGACGAGCGCGUGCGCAUCGCGUCCAGCGACACCGUCGAGUCGCUGCUCGAGAACGACUUCCGGCUCAUCAUCAACGACACCGAGUACUACGUCAAGAGCCCCUCGCAGGAGCGUUUGAGCACGGAGGAGAUAACGCGACUAAGCGACGUGCGGAAUCUGGUCAAUCAGCUGUACGAGACACUCAACGUACGCGAGCAUCAGAUUCGUAAGGAGAGGGAAAUCCGUUCGCAGCUCGAGAAGCUUACUACGGAAAUACUGCCGCUUGAGGAGAAACGGCUAAGCUUAGAAGUGGAAACCAGCCGGCGCACCUCCGCGCUGACGUGGGUCGGCCUGGGUCUCAUGGGCGUCCAGUUCGGGGUGCUCGCGCGGCUGACCUGGUGGGAGUACUCCUGGGACAUCAUGGAGCCCGUCACGUACUUCGUCACUUACGGGACGGCGAUGGCCGCCUAUGCUUACUUCGUGCUUACGAAACAGGAAUACAUAUUGCCCGAUGUGAAAGAUAGGCAACACCUGCUGACGUUGCACAAAAAGGCGAAAAAGGUCGGACUGGAUAUCAACCAGUACAAUCAUCUGAAAGAUGAGAUAGACAAACUGCAGAAGGACCUGGCGCGGCUGCACGACCCGCUGCACAUCCACAUUACACCGAGGCACGCCGCGGCCUCCGAGAAGCGCUCGCCCCUCACCAAGAUCAAGGACAUGAUCGAGGAGACCGGCAAGAAGAUGAAGAUCACGUAAUAUUUGCUGACCGUCACGCGUCGCAUCACGCGUACGUAAUACUUUCACUGUAGGAGUUUACUUGGCUUUAGCCAAGGUUCAUUGAUUGUGUAAGAUGUGUCAAGACAUAGUGCUUCAGAUUUGACAGCUAAUGUACUUAGCGCUAUACAGCUCCGCACUGGGCUAUAACCGCGAAAAUCGAAGUUCGCAAAUUGCGGGCAUUUUUCUCUAUCAGUCUUAUUACGCCUUCAUUGGAGUAAAAGAGAAAGAUCCCCGCAAUUUGCGGAUUUCGGUUUUCGCGGUAGCCCCUCUGGCUGUCAAAAGUUGACAACGCAGUUACCACAUAACAUGGCGCCGUAUAGCGCUGUCCAGUUAGACUAUCAAAAUUGGAGCGCGUUUUUUUCUUACACCUCUUCUACAAUCAAUAAUUCUUUGCAACAAAGUAUAACGAUAAAGUACACGUCGGAUUAGAUUUUUGCUUUUUGAUAACUCGAAAUGAUCGACAGUGACCAUUCUAUUAUUUGCAAAGGCCUUUACUGGCUAUCGUCAAUGCGAUCUUUACUAAUUGAAGUCUUUGUGUGAAGUUAACAUGUUCACACUGUGAAUACCUACAUUGAACUUUAGAACAAUGUAACGACUUAAUACGAAUGUAAUGCCGAAACGGGCGUAACCGUCAAACUAUGUGUUGAUUGAUACCGACAUACAUAAAUCGGUUGGGGCCCGUUGCGUAAUUUAUAGAAAAAAAUCUAGGAAAUUUUUAUGUUGGAUAAGUUUCACAUGCUCAGAAAUUGUUUCCUAUUAAAUAUUUAGUUACAUUAUUUAAAAAUUAACUAACUUUAGAACAUCAGAAUCCAUUAUUAUUAUCGAAUAUAAGUGAAAUCUCUCAAUCUCAAUCAUUAAUUUAAGCAGAAAAAACUGAAAAUAAAUCUUUAUCUUCAUAUUGUUAAUACAUCAUGAAGUAUCCCCUUUACAAUAUCUACUUUUUAUCAGUGCCAAUAGUUAUAAAUUAUCGUGUCCUUGAUUCAACUCUAUAAUACUAACGUAGCUAGUGAAGUUAUCAAAUUCUAGUCGUUAUUAAAUAAUAAUCUGAGUACACAUAUUUGUUGGUACUUAAAAUGUAGGACCCUUGCCAUACGGAACCAUUUUAUUUACGAUUAAUACACAUGACUUACUAAAAUUGUCAACCGUUUAUGGUCGAUGUUCUACGUCAUGUGAAAAAUUAAAUUUAUAAACAAAGAAAAGGUACCACCUUGACUUGACGUUAAAAACAAAUAUUGAUAAUAUACCUAAGAAUCGAUGCUUGUAAUAUUCGCGCAAACUUUAGUUUGUACAUGUUAUGCUUGAUUUUAUAAAAAGGAGCUUUUUAGUGUAAUUUAUUACAUAUUGAAUAAUUAAAUUUAAAAUAUAAAAUUAGUUCAUAUAAAAUGUGUAAUUAAAAGUUUAAUAAAAAUUGUUUUGUGUUUGGUGCGUCUAACAUGCUUAGGUCUACUAACAUUUAUGUAGUCUGUAUACACGCUGCCGUCUGUCUAAAAUCCGAUUUCAUUCAAAAAGCACAUGCAAGCAAAGGUCUGGCAAGGACUAAUAAUUAAUGUGGAUUUUCAACUGACGUUCUUAUGUUUGCCGUGACGGGAAUGCUACGCGUGAAUUAAAAACACCAAAUUUUUAUAAGUCCACUUAACUGAGGCUGUUGGUAAGAAAUUAUGGUUAACUACGGAGUGCGGGAAAACUUAGCUGUGUGCGACUGAUUUAUUAUAUUCUAUAAUCUAUGUAAACUGGUUGACUUGUAUUUUUUCGGAUUAAAUGUGUCUUUAAAGCCAGUUUUAUAAAAUAAAACACGCCGUAGGUUAAAUAAUGGCUGUGAAGUAAAUGUAAAAAAUACAUUUUUCAGUCCAUGUUAUUGUCCGUGUAUCGUAGCGGACUCAUUUAGUCAUUACACUCAUUACAUUAGUGAAUGUCAAGUCGCAAGUUAUCUUUCAAAAAUGAAUUUCAUAAUGUUGUAGACUAAUAGAUAAAAAAUACAUGUUUUAUUUGUAAUUAUAGAGUCACAGUAAGACAUUAGAAUGCCCUCUGUAUACUUACGUUUAAUUUGUUGAUACACAAGCUUAAUUAUACUUUUUGCUCUUGAGUAACAAGGCUUCAUUAUUGGUAAAUAAUGUACCCAGGACCAUUACGAACGAUUGAUAUAGCAAGUUAGCUACUACGCACAAAUCGUAUGUAAUGAAACUAUUUCCAUAAGUAGUACCCAUUUUAGCAAUUUUGUACAGACUUAGACAGAUGCUAAGGCGUCCUCAAAUUAUCUUAUCACGUAAGGUAUCGUUCGGAACACGCCCACACUGACUAAUACUUCCCCAUAAGUAAAACAACCGUAUGCAUUUUAAAAAUAAUUUGAAGUUGCAUUAAAGGUGCUUGAACUACUUCUCCACUUCACAUACCGUUGUUAUGCUCAUGGUGGCACAGUGUUCUCACGCGAGACUCGCUCCAGAGUCUGCAGCGAUGAGGGCCUAAACCCCUUCAUGUAAUAUACUGUACUCGUAUUUAAACUAGCUGUAAGCACGCACAUAAACGUUCUUCGCUCAAUCUAGUUAGCUUUCUCUUGUGAUUUGCGAAUUUGCCUUUUACAAUCUUUUUCUAUCUAAUCUAGGUAUAGAAUUUUAUAUAAUAACGAUUAAGAUGGAGCAAAGCUUCAGUUGAUGUGACUAUAGUUUAUUUACUGUAGUUCAAAUGUUUAUAUUCGAAAAAAUAACGUUAAAUAAUUUUGUAUUUAUAACUUGAACAAGUGUUUGAGUUAGAAACAUUAACGGCCUGUUAUUUUUGGAGGUUUACAAUAGUGUGCAAUAGUUUUAGAAAUUUAAGACAAGGUAGUGACAAAGAUCUGUUAUGUAGUCGCAAAAACCAAUUACUUAGUUCUUUAAGGAGUUCAGGAGUGCUUGGGUGAGGUAGAUAUUUAUAUAUUAUUUGUUUUAUAAUAUAACGCUUAUGAAAUCUGACAAAAUAAAAAUCUCAUAGCCUUUAUUUAAUUGUAUACCUUACUGUAAUAUUCUUAUUUUUCAUUUUUUAUAUUUUUUGUUAAGUAAAAGUUUAUAUACUCCUUGCACUAACAUAUAUUUUAUCGAUUAACCUAGAAAUCUAAAGAUAUAUUUUCUAAUUUCAUAAUAUAUAUACGUAUCAUACCGUUUUGAUCAAUCUCACAAUCGAGUAGUUAGAUACUAAUAAUUAAUUAUACAUAUACCUAUUUAGCCUAAUAAUUUAACAAGAUACUAACUCUCCUGUUAAUAUUCACUAGUAAAAAUGCCAAAAUUUAACCUUCCAACUAAUACAAUUCUUGUUAACUUUGUUACGCCUUCUUGCAAUUAUCAUUGUAUAAUUGUUAUAUUUAUGGAGUGAAGAUAUGAGGUGGUAUCGACUAACAACUUUGUAAAAGCCCACACAUUUAAAAUCGAGGGUAUUCUCGCAAUCAUUGUACCUAUGAUCUAUUUAUAUUUACUUCUAUUUCUUGUUAUGUUAUCCUGGGUAUUAAAUUUUAAUAGCGUUGUAUUGUAUACGGCAAUUUUUUGGUUAAUGACUAAGAACUUCUAUAUCAUCUCGUUAAAAUAGACGAAUUUGUAGUACAAUAGUAUUUUCUGGCCGAAAUAAUAGUUAUGUACUAAACUACAGUAAGUAUAAGUAUAUUUUCACCACACCAGCUCGGAAAGCCUUACUUUGCACUUCAAAAACUGAUAGCAAAGUUGCAUUUUAUUCACAUGUGAGGCAAAGUAAUCAAAUGCAAAUUUUGAGUUGUUUUCUUAUGUUUGCUGGUAAAAUUGGCUUUUAAAUGAUGAUUUUGGAUGAUAAAUAUUUAAUAACAUUCAUUUGGAUUUGAUUUGGUUUGAUUUUGUUUGAUAUUUUACAUUUAAUAUUUGCUUCGGGUUGGUGUGGUGAAAAUAUUUGUGUUUCACUCGGGGGCAAAUUUUGUUUAACACUCGUGCUUUGAAACCCUCGCAACGCUCAAUAUUCCAUUUUUCGAACCACUCGCUACGCUCGUGGUUCAAUUUUGGAAUCUUUCGCUUGCUCGGGUAUCAAUAUUAGCACGAGCGGUUAAACAACAAGUUUGCCCCCUUGUAAAACAAAUAACUAUUAUUCAAUUUGUUAUUGUGGCCAACUUGUUACCUAUUAAAUUAGUACGAACAUAUAAUGAUUGCGACUUUUCUCACUAUUUUCGAUUGUGGGUUAGUACUGACUCCUUGUAACAGUUACUAUUUUGCAUUUUGUUAAAUAUUUACAGUCGUGUUACUCGAAUAAAUUUUUAAAAAAUUGAA